GACGUGGGGGACCGGAUGGGAACGUUUUCCCCUGUGAGAACAAAGCACAAGUUAUUUCAAAGUCCAGUAUGUGUAGAGGAAACCGGUACAUGUUCUUUUGAGCUAGGAGAUCGGUUAUAUUUUGCUACUUUAAGGAAUAGACCAAAAAGCACAGUAAAUACCCACUAUUUCUCCAUCGAUGAGGAGCUGGUCUAUGAAAAUUUUUAUGCAGAUUUUGGACCUCUGAACUUGGCAAUGGUGUACAGAUACUGCUGUAAGCUAAACAAGAAACUGAAAUCAUACAGUUUAUCAAGAAAGAAAAUAGUGCACUACACCUGUUUUGAUCAACGGAAAAGAGCAAAUGCAGCAUUUUUAAUAGGUGCUUAUGCUGUAAUCUACUUAAAGAAGACACCAGAAGAAGCCUACAGAGCACUGCUAUCUGGCUCAAACCCCCCCUAUCUUCCAUUCAGGGAUGCUUCCUUUGGAAAUUGCACUUACAAUCUCACCAUCCUCGACUGUUUGCAGGGAAUCAGAAAGGGAUUACAACAUGGAUUUUUUGACUUUGAGACAUUUGAUGUGGAUGAAUAUGAACAUUACGAGCGAGUUGAAAAUGGUGACUUCAACUGGAUUGUUCCAGGAAAAUUUUUAGCAUUUAGUGGACCACAUCCAAAAAGCAAAAUUGAAAAUGGCUAUCCUCUGCACGCCCCUGAAGCCUACUUUCCUUAUUUCAAAAAGCAUAACGUGACUGCUGUCGUGAGGCUGAACAAAAAGAUUUACGAGGCAAAGCGCUUCACAGACGCCGGCUUCGAGCACUAUGACCUCUUCUUCAUAGAUGGCAGCACGCCCAGUGACAACAUCGUGCGAAGGUUCCUGAACAUCUGCGAGAACACGGAUGGGGCGAUUGCGGUUCACUGCAAAGCUGGUCUUGGGAGAACAGGGACGUUGAUAGCCUGUUAUGUCAUGAAACACUACAGGUUUACACACGCGGAAAUAAUUGCUUGGAUCAGAAUAUGUCGGCCAGGCUCUAUUAUAGGACCACAGCAGCACUUCCUGGAAGAAAAACAAGCAUCGUUAUGGGUCCAAGGAGACAUUUUCCGAUCCAAAAUGAAAAAUAGACCAUCCAAUGAAGGGAGUAUUAACAAAAUUCUUUCUAGCUUGGAUGAUAUGUCUAUUGGUGGAAACUUAUCUAAAACACAAAACGUGGAAAGAUUUGGAGAGAAUAACUUAGAAGAGGAUGAAGACGUGGAAAUGAAAAAUAGUAUAACCCAGGGAGACAAACUACGUGCCUUAAAAAGUCAGAGACAGCCACGCUCCUCACCAUCCUGUGCAUUUAGGUUGGAUGAUACGAAAGGGCACCCAAGAGCAGUGCCCCAGCCUUUCAGAUUGACUUCUUCCCCACAAGGAUCUGCAUCUACUUUGAAGACCUCAAAAGUGGCUCUGUCCCCCUCAGCGACGGCCAAGAGGAUAAACAGAAGUUCUUUGUCCUCAGGCGCCAGUGUAAGAAGCUUUUCCAUAAACUCCCGGCUAGCCAGUUCUCUAGGGAACUUGAACGCUGCAACAGAGGAGCCAGAGAACAAAAAGGCCUCCUCGUCCUCUAAGGCGGGUUUCUUAGCCAGCCCGUUCACCAACCUCUUGAAUGGCAGCUCCCAGCCGUCUGCCAGAAAUUACCCAGAGCUCAACAACAAUCAGUACAGCAGAAGCACCAGCACCAGCGGGAGCACCGUGAGCAGGCAGCCGAGCCCCCACGGCGGCGUCAAAGCGGAGGAGCACAGCCCGGUUCUUCGGCCCGCCUACCCCGGCCUCUCUUCUUCCUCAGCGAGAUUCCUGAGCCGUUCAAUCCCCAAAUGUGACUUUACUAAAAUAAGAGAAAAUACAUUUUAACCGAGCUUGCAUCAAUAUAAUUUUGGCGUUCAGAUGAACUGGAAACGUUCACGGAAUGGUUGGCUGAAUCAAGUAAGGUGUCAACAACCAUCUGUCAUCUAACAAAUGAGCUUUUUGUGAUUGUUGAAAAGCACAAUUAAGUUCACUCAGAAAAAAAAAGAAUCUAUUAAAAGUUAGGUGGGAAGGUGAAAGAAUUUUUUAUAUAGCAUUUUAAUUAAACGAAAUUGGCUUGUUAAAUCUUGGGGUCCCUGAAAUGCUUAGAGAACGUUACAGAAAAAUGUUACACCUCCUUCAAAGCAGAUUUUAUCAAAAUCCUUAGCCAAAAAAAUCUUAUGCAGCUAUGUUUCUCUACCAGUGUUAUUGGAGAAGUAUUAUUAUGCUAGCAAAUGCCAAACAUUCAGUCUUGUGAAACCGUAUUUGUGGAAAUGAUAUCAAUGAACACAUUUUGCGUGUCAUUAACAUACAAGCAAUACAAAAACUGGAAACUAUUGCAAAGCCAUAAAAGACCCCAGAGUAUAGAGGCAAUUAUAGAUAAACUUAUUAUUAAUCAAUGUUUAUUUUUUUCCCCAGUUCAUUAAAAUUCAACACCAGAGUUUUAUUUAAAAUAAGAUACCAUAUUGCCAAAUGUGGUUUGUUUGUUUUUUUUUUUUAAUUAUCUAUGCCAUGAAAGCAAAUCACUUUUUAAGGUGCUUUUUGCUUCUGUAAUUAGAACUCAAACCAGCAAUAACCAAGUAGACUACUUUCUCUUCCUUAAGGGACUCGGAAGAUGGGAAAAUACAGGAGAGAGAAAGUCAGUAUGGCAAAAGCACGUGGCGAUUGAGAGUCAGGAUUUUGACCGAGUAUGAAACUAACAUUCCAGGUCCUAGGGUCUGUUGGUCUGAGUUAUGUGAACAGUAAGACACCAUUUCAUUAAUUUGCUGGCAAAGACCUUAAUUUUUCAUUAUUCUUUACAGUUUGCUGUUUUUGAUAGUCAACGUAUAGUUGUAUUUAGUAACCAUCUUACAGUAUUUAUACCUGUCAUUAUUAGACAUUUUUCUACCGUGAUUAGGUAACUGGGCUGUUUAAAAAAGAAACACCUCCAGAAUAGCUAAAUUUUUAAAGUCACUACCUACAUCUGCCAAAACAGAUUAGUAGCAAAUUUCCAGAACAGAACAAAUUGUCUUGAUCUCCUUACCUAACACUUUGUUUUAUGUCAAAUCUAACUGCUUUCAGGGAACAAGACUUCUUGAUGGAAGCCUAUAUUUUGACAUAAAAAUUUUGGGGGCUGCAAGUGUAAAGUAAUUUUAUCCUUAUUUUGCAGGCUGAAUAUUGCUGUAUUAUUACUUUUAUGGGAUUCACACUAUAAAAACACCAUAUAUUCAUGAUAAACUUGAUCUGGUCUUAACUCACUAUAACCCCGUUGAACUUACUGGCACAGAAACUUGAAUAUUCUGUUUGAGAAAUUAAAAUCUCUUGAUUAUACAAAUAAGUGCUACCUUGUAAAAUAAUAUUUAUACUUCAAGCACUGCUUCCUCCAUAACCGUAUCCAUUGUCAUUCCUGCAUUUAUUUUUUUAUUUCAGAUGCAUUAGGUAUUAAUUCUUAUGAUAGUGAUAAACAUUGGCCAAGCAGAAUUAAAACUUUAAUCAGAAUACUGAAGCGUGGGUGUUUUUAUAAAGGAAAUUUAUUUUUAGAGUAUUCCUGAAAAUUACUUUGGAUUAGGUCCUAUAAGGAUUUUUCAUUUUAAAAUGUAUAUAUCUCCUUUAUGGUAUAAUAAAUAUUGCUUUCUUUUUUUUGUACUGUAAUAUUUCUUUGCUCAGGAUCACACCAUGCUUCAAGUUAUUUUUUUUUAAGUUUAUUUAUUUUGAGAAAGAGUAGGGGAGGGAGAGAGAGAGGGGGAGAGAGAAUCCCAAGUGGGCUCCAAGCUGAGACGUGGGGCUCCAUGUCAUGAACCAUGAGGCUCAACCUACUGAGCCACCCAGGCACCCCUGCUUCAGGUUAUUGUUUGUGUUUGGGUGAUAGAGAAUGUCUGACUGAUUACGCAGUGAUCACAGGACAAAGGCUAGAAGUAUAUUGAGGUGUUAUACUAUGGUGGCUAAGCAUUUGGGCUUUGAGCCAGACUGCUUGAGUUAAAAUAUGAGCUCUUCCACUUCCUUGUUGUGUUACCUUGGGCAAAGUCCUUGACUGCUCUGUGCCUCAAUCUCCUAUCUGUAAAAUGAGUUGUCUGGAGUAUUUAAUGAUUUCAUACAUAUAAAAUGUUUAGAACUGUGCCUGGUAUAUAGGAAGUACUCAGCAAAUAUCUAUCACAGAAUAAUUGACCUCUUCAGUAAUAUAUCUAGUUUAUUAAGAAUUCCGGAUAGUUGUACUUUAUUUCCUGAAUAAUAAAGUCAACAGCAGUAAUGAUAUUGGUUGUGGGAUACAAAAUACAUUUGCAUCUUUGCUAUAAAAAUUAGCAAUGCUAAUAAUGGGUUAUUGUGUUUUCUGGGAUAUUUAUUAGUAACUUUAGGAUACAGGUAACAGAUGAGCCAGAGACCCUCAGUACAAUGCCAUCAUGGAAGCAUGUGAAAUCAAAAUGUUACUGUCAUCCCACAUAAUUGCUUCCCCAGUGAAAAAGCCUAGAAAUAUUAGUUAUGUUUUUUUUUUCAAGUGAAUAUGUCUUGUAGACUUUACCAGUUCUCUUUCUUCCCUAACUCCACUUCCAUUAAGAUUUUUGUUUUAGAUUGAAAAUGAAAGGAAGUUAAUUUGUUACAAAAUGCUGAUGUCAGACUAAUUUAUUAAGUCUCUUUACUGAUCUGUUAUUUCCUUUCACUUUCUUUAUACCGUAUAAACAAACUGUGGAAGAACUUUUGUAUCUUAUUUUUAUCCCCCAGUGCCAAAUGUAUACUACUAAUGUUUAAUCAUUAUUUGUUGAAUGAAUUACCCAGCAUGACAGAAGGUCCAUUCUUCAGCCAACUCAUGUCUUUAUUUGUUUACAUAGGACUCAGAGCCAGUUGGGCAACAUUAAGUGAGCACGUGGUAGGGGGAGAGGGGGCGGGAUGGCAGAGGAAGCAAGAGGGAUUGUGCUAAACUGUAUCUGUAGGUUAGAUGAAACAGCAGCCAGAGUGAUGACCGCUGCUGUGUGUAAGGAAAGCUUCUGCCAGAGGUGAAUAUGAAUAUAUACUUCUAUGAAUGAUAGAAAUCCCUAAAGUGAUUGUAGACUAUUUCUGUUUUCCAGUUCAGUGGGCAUCAUGAUUCCAUAAAAUAAAUAAAGAUGUGUACAUACACAUAUUUACCCCCUCCAUAUUGAUGCACAUAUGAAAUACUUUACCCUGAAAGAAAGUUAGUUUAACAAAGGUCACUUGCCUAGUAUCUGUUCAUUUGCUAUAUCUCUGUCUAUUGAGACUUGAUGGAACUUUAGGGCUGCUUGCAGAAACAACUUUGUUCUAAAUUUACAAACAAUCUGAGGAGCUAUAGAAGUACCAUUAGUGGUAACAUAAAUAACUUUUCUAACUGGAACAAAAGCAAAAUUUCAAUAUUACUACCAAAGCAUUGGCCAUUGUAAAGCAAGCAGGCUUGCAGCUGGGGAGGACCACCUGGCCCUGCUCUCUUGGCCUACUUGCCAGACUUCAAAAGAAACUGAGAAAAACAGCUGGAAAAAUAAUAGUCUACUUAAAAAUUUUUUUAACGUUUAUUUACUUUUGAGAGAGAGAGAGAGAGAGAUAGAGUGUGAGUGAGUGGGGGAGGGGUAGAGAGAGAAGGAGACACAGAAUUUGAAGCAGUCUCCAGGCUCUGAGCUGUCAGCACAGAGCCCAACGUGGGGGCUUGAACUUACGAGCCGUGAGAUCAUGACCUGAGCUGACGUCAGACGCUUAACCUACUGAGCCACCCAGGUGCCCCAAUAAUAGUCCACUUUUAAGUUCUAAUUGUUAGGAUGGCAACUGAGGGUCCUACAGGUUAAUUUUAUGUAGGCUUCAAGACAUUGGAACAGUUUUACUGGACUUUUCUCAGUCUUACCUCUUAGGCUUUCUGUGAGUUCAGGCAUAUUUACAUUAUAGUGCCCUACUUCUUGAUCAUGUCCCCUGUUCUGAAGCCUUGGCAUAAACUGCAUCCUGUAGUGAGAAAGUCAAUUUGCCAGCCUUUUCCAUUCUUCCUAGCAGCUCUUAACAUUUAACCUCUUCCUUGAAACUUGCAGGCUUGGGAGACUCUGCCUUCCCCAAGCCUUCCCUUCCCUUGCCUGAUCCUUUCUUGUGUACAGUGUUACUUCACGCUAUGCAUGUUAUUGAACAUUGACACCUUUGUCUCUUCAUGUUGUUUGUAUGACAGUGUGGACUUUAGCCCUUGAGGACAGGCUGGUGACUUUUUGACUCACAGUGUUGAUAGAUGCUUACUGAGUAAAUGGCUGUCAAUAGGGUAUAAAAUUCACUGGAAUUUUGAAGCUGAGCAAAGAUAGUUUGAAUCUUUUGUAGAUUAUUUUUGCAUAAUUGACAUUCUUUUUACCGAUACCCCUACCAUCCACAAAAUGGGCCAGUCUCAGAACUGAUAAGACCUAUUAAUAGCAUGCUACAGAUCAACUUGAAAAAUAAUUAUUGGAGAAGUAGAAAAGGACAUUUGGUGGCAAAUCAAGUAAACUUUGUUCUAAGGUAUUUGAAGAAUUGUGCAAAAGAAUAUGUUCAUGUGAAACUGAUUUGUGUUCCUUCUUUCUAACUGCUGUUUGCUGCUCAAAUAUAAGUAUUUGGCAAUUUUUUCCUCUCUAUCUUUCUCUUUUCCUGGAUAAUGUCUAUUAUCAAUGCAUUCUGGUUACAUAUCCCAACCAUGUUCCUUUUAUAUGUGAUUAUCUAAUAUGACGGGGGAAGAUUUUGUGUAUCUUCUUUUCUUGAAAGCUGCCUGCUAUUUAUCAUGUUAUAACUGCAAGAUUCUUCUGCACAAGAGCUUUUGGGUCUUGAGCUUAGAUUUCAAAAGUAGUAGUGCUUUGUGUCCCCCUCCAUGGAAAGGAUUUGCAAGCUAUUUGUUAAAUUCAAGCAUUCUUAAGGAAUUCAUUUAGAUGACUGCUAACUCUACUGCAUUAGAAGCUUUAACAUUUGAUAUGUAUUGGAUUAAAGUAUAUAUAAUCUUAAAGUAUAUUCUGAUAAACUUCAAUUUACUUACAAAUAUCACUUAAUGUUUUUGAGUAAAACUCAUUAUUGCACAAAAGCUUAGAAGUGAGUUUAGUGCUACCUACCAAUUUGCGCAUAAUACUUCAUUUUUAACUGCUAUUAAUAGAUCGUAGGCCUUUUAAAAUACAAAGUUUUCUUGCAGUCACUCCACGUAAUUGCAUAUCUUAUUCUUAGCAAGUGCUUUGUUUUUGUUUUUUUCCCCCCAGCCUUUUCUAUUUUUUUCUUAGUUUAUUUCACUUAUCUUCUAUAUAAUAGACCCAAACUGCCUUGUGUUGAAGGAAAUAGCUGCAUGAUGUGUACCACGAGUCUUGUAUGUGAUGGGCUUUAACCUCAGUUUAUGUCUCUCCCCC